AUGUCGCCUCUCUCGACGUGGGUUCUGGCAACCGUUUCAACAGCACUUGUGUCGACUGUGGACGGCUACAAUAUCCCCCGCUCCGCCCACCAAGCAUGCAGAAUCUCGAAUGGCUCUGAGAUCCUCCCUGCCUAUGAUUACGUCAUUGUUGGUGGCGGAACCUCAGGACUCACUGUGGCUGAUCGCCUGACUGAGGAUGCCAACACCACUGUUCUUGUUCUCGAGGCCGGCAUUUUUGCGGCUGAUGCCGAUGUCCUUCCAGUUUACAACGGUGGUACUCAACGCCAGCCACGCUUCUACUGGCAGUCCAAACCACAGGAGAACCUUGACAACCGCACGGUCCCCGUCUGGCUUGGUAAGAUGGUUGGUGGUAGUUCUGGCGUUAACGCCAUGAUGGCUUCACGAGGUUCGUCUAUGGACUACGACCGCUGGGGCAAGCUGUUUCCUGAAGCCAAUGGCUGGGAUUGGGAAGGAAUGCUGCCAUACUUCCGCAAGGGACUUCACAUGAACCCUCCAGCCCCCCAGAUGGCUGCUCGUUUCAACAUCUCGACAAACCCCAAGUACUGGGGUGAUGACUCAGCUAUUCAGGCUAAACACAUGUCGAAAGCCUUCUAUGAACUACCCGGCAUCGAGCCUGUUGAAGACAGUGGUGCUGGCGGCGCUGGCGUAUACUGGUUCCCCACUCUCAUGGAUCAUUUUCGCUAUGAGCGGUCCUUCGCUGAGAACUCUCACUACCGGGGCCUUUCACGCCCCAACUACCAUGUCGCUCCCUCUUCCCGGGUCCGACGUGUCAUUCUGAACAAGGGUGUUGCUACUGGUGUUGAGUUCUACGGUGCAGAUGGUCUUCUCACCGUCAAGGCCAAGAAGGAAGUCCUGAUGGCUGCGGGCGCUAUCCAUACUCCUCAGCUUCUUCAGCUCAGUGGCAUCGGUCCCAAGAAGCUUCUUCAUGCUGCCGGUAUCAAGACACAGGUUGAUCUUCCUGGCGUUGGUCAAAACUUCCAAGAUCAUAUAAACAUUGGAGUCUCUAUAACUCUCGAAGGCCUCAAGAAGAUUCACUCCAACCCCUCCGACAUGGCCAACGGCACUGACUUCAAGAGAUGGGCUGACGAGGCUUGGGCCGUCAACCGCACUGGACCUUAUUCUAUCGCCUGGGGCAACCUCGCUGGCUGGCUCCCUCUCUCUGCCAUUUCUCCUGAACGGCAUCUUCAGCUGGCCGACCAGCUAGAAAAGCAGGACCAUGCUAGUUACCUAUCUAAUGACGUUCAUCCCACUGUUGCCAAGGGAUACGCUUUGCAGAUGAAGAACAUGGCCGCCGCUAUGCGAUCCAAGGAUGUUGUCUUCGCCCGUUACCUCGUUGAUGCCAACACUGGUGCCUCAGCUCCUAUUCUCAACCAGCCCAUGAGCCGUGGCUCCGUCACAGUCGAUCUCAAGGAUCCUUACAACUCGAAUCCUGUCGUGGAUUUCGGAUCACUCCGUAACCCGGUAGAGCGCAGUGUGCUGGUAGAGAUGGUCAAGUGGUACAGGCGAUACAACUCCGAGACCUCUCUCUCUAAGCUGUCACCCAACGAGACCGCCCCUGGUGUUGAUGUUGUCUCGGACGAGGAUAUCUCGGCUUGGAUCCCCAAAGCCCUUUUCCCUACCGAUUACCAUCCUGCUGGUACCGCUGCUAUGAUGCCUCUAGACCACGGCGGUGUUAUUGACCAGAAGCUCCGUGUUUACGGCGUUAAGAACCUCCGUGUUAUCGACGCCAGUAUCAUGCCUUCCCUACCUGGUUCCAAUACCUGCCAGCCCAUGUAUGCUGUCGCUGAGAAGGCUGCUGAUAUUAUCAAGUCUGAUGCCUAA